AGUCGCUCGUACGGCGGCCGGGAAUGCCGCCAGCGCAUCCGGGCGAACGUCAGAUUGGUUGGGGCUUUGCGCGGAGGCGGUGUGCUGUGCGCUCGCUGCUGUGAGAACUUUCGGCGGAUGUGAAUGACUUGCUGGUGAUGACGCGAUUCGCCUGUGCAAUUCACGGAAAGAUGUCGAGACUCUUAGGCGUUCUUCUGCUAGUCGCCGGAGCGAACUGCAUGUACGCGUCCAAUUCAGCCGUCGUUGAUCUUAGGCCAAAUAAUUUUGAUAAUUUAGUGUUAAAUAGCGAUCACAUUUGGAUAGUGGAGUUCUACGCGCCCUGGUGCGGACACUGUCAACAGUUGACACCUGAAUAUGACAAAGCAGCCACUGCGUUAAAGGGCGUUGUAAAAGUUGGCGCAGUAAAUGCCGAUGAACACAAGUCCCUGGGAAGCAAGUACGGCGUUCGUGGUUUCCCGACGAUUAAGAUAUUCGGACUUGACAAGAAACCAGAAGACUACAAUGGUCCAAGAAGUGCAGCUGGCAUUGUUGAUGCUGCGUUGAAUGCCGCUAGUCAAAAGGUUCGAAAAGUGUUGGGUGGUAAAACUUCAGGAGGCGAAUCCAAGAGCAAAGAUCCCAAGGAUGUGAUAGAAUUGACAGACGAAAACUUUGACAAGAAUGUUUUGAAUUCCGAGGACAUGUGGCUGGUUGAAUUUUAUGCUCCUUGGUGCGGCCACUGCAAAAAUCUGGCGCCUGAGUGGGCGGCGGCGGCUACCGAAUUGAAGGGCAAAGUCAAACUGGGAGCCCUAGAUGCCACUGUAAACACAUUGAAAACAAGUAAAUACGAGAUCAAGGGUUAUCCUACCAUUAAGUUCUUCGCACCGGGCAAAAAGGACGCCGACUCAGUGCAGGACUACGACGGCGGUCGUACGAGCGGCGAUAUCGUUAACUGGGCACUCGAAAAACUGGCCGAAAAUAUCCCAGCGCCGGAAGUAAUGCAGAUCACAUCCGAGCAGAAACUGAGGGCCGCAUGCGAGGAUAAGCCGAUCUGCGUGGUUUCCGUGUUGCCGCAUAUUUUGGACUGUCAAUCCGAUUGUAGGAACGGAUACUUGAAGACUUUAAGUAAUCUCGGCGAAAAAUACAAGAAAAAGAUGUGGGGAUGGGUCUGGGCCGAGGCUGGUGCUCAACCACACAUUGAAGAUGCGUUAGAGAUCGGAGGUUUCGGUUAUCCUGCGUUAGCAGCCGUUAACAUCAAGAAAAUGAAAUACUCCUUGUUGAAAGGUAGCUUCUCAUAUGAUGGAAUAAACGAGUUUCUGCGAGAUUUGAGUUACGGUAGAGGUGGCACCGCGCCCUUGAAGGGCGCUCAAUUGCCUGUCAUUAUCGAAACAACGCCUUGGGAUGGCAAGGACGCUGAACCUCCGCAGGAGGAGGACAUUGAUCUUAGCGACGUUAAUUUAGACGAGAAAGACGAGCUGUAAUUUACUCGAAAACCAAUUGAUUGAAAUUCUUCUUAGAAGAAUUUACCACACACCCAACGUAUAUCGUUUCUGAUAAACUGAUUAAGGGGCGUUAAUCGCGAAUCGGUAUACAAGUCAUCGCCCCAAGAUUUAUUUUGUAUUAUCAAACUUAAUAUAUCUACAUAUACUUAAGAGUUCUACAUCGAUUAAUUUCAUAACGAAAUUAAAGAUAAGGAAUAAUUCCACACAAUUUUUGUAUAAACUCAUUGUUGGUACGUACAAUCAUUUGUCGCUCUAUGUAUCCUAAGGAAGACCAGUUCUCAGGUGCAGUUAUCUAGUUUAAAAAAAAAAAAAAAAAAACACAUGUUUAAGUAACUCUUCCAUCCAAAA